AUGCCCAAAAAGGCCAAAUACACUCGUAAUAUACCAAGUUAUGAGAUGGCAAGAUUGGAUAGAAUGAGGCAAAACCAAGAGAGAAUUGAUGCUUUGGGAUUGAAGCACAUCUCAACUUCUCUAAAGGAUUCUGCUCAGUCCAAUUGUGCAAAAAGGAAAAGAAGUAGAGCUAGUGUUGUGGUAGAUGAUGAUUAUGUACCACCUAUUGGUGACGAUGAGAAUGAUGAUGAGUCAUCUAAUUCUUUAAUCAAUAAGUUACAAAUGGCACCAGGACGACUUACACGCUCACGAGGUGAGGCAUCUAUCCCGGUGGUCCAAUCUACGGUUCAAUCUACGGAAACAUCUCCUGAAGUAAAUCCUCUCGUCCAAAGUUCUUCUAGUGUGGAGGCUACCGACGCAUUAACUAACACGACUGGAUCUACUAGUAGAAAUACUCGUGGAACAACACGUGGUAUAGCAGUACGGGCACUUGUUGAAAAAAGUGGUAAGUUGCCAGUACGUAUAGUUGCAGAGUAUGAUGCUCCUGUUGGGACUAAUGCGUGCAAACUUGUCAAUCAAAUUGGUGUACAAGUACGAAGUAAUUUGUCCAGUUACAAUGUGAAAAAUUGGAAAAGUGUUGAUGCUGCUACUAGAGAUGUGGUGCUUCAAAGUAUAGCGGAUCAGUUUGAGCUAGAAGGAGAAUCUAACUUGGUGAACAAAACAAUAAAUACAAAAUGUGGAAGAUUAUUGAGUUGCAGCUCUAACAAGUUGUAUCAGAUUUAUAAAAAACUCGUACAAUCUCAUGGUGCUGACUAUGCAAAAAACCACCCGCCAAAGAAUGCCACACUUAAGCAGUGGACUGAACUCAUUGAAGGGAGAUGGACCAAUAAGGACUGGCUGGAAAAAUCAAGAAUUAACUCUGAAAAUAGGAGCAAAACUUCAGGCAAACAUAGAUGCGGGUCAAAGGCACUUGCUGUUAGGGUUGAUGAGGAGACAAAUAAUAAUGGCGGUCAAGUUCCUGAAUUGGCAAAAAUUUACAAAGAUGUUCAUUUCAAUCCAAAUACAAAUAAGUGGAUACAGCCUGAGGAUGAAGCGACAUAUGAAACUAUUCUCAAAGUGCAAGAGGAUCAUUGUCAAGAUCCUAAUGCAAUUCCCCUUACACAAGAGGAGAUCUCAAACUUGGUUUUUAAAAAGAAAUCCGGUAUUGUAAAAGGACUUGGCAUGAGACCUUCCUCUUCUCUAGUAACCACUGCCUCAUCUAGUUCGGUGGAGUAUAUUCAUCGGUUAGAAAGUGAGAUAAUUGAGCUCAAAGAGGCAAGAGCUAGGGAUGAAGAGGAGCGAGCUAAGGAGCAAGAGGCGCGAGCUAAGCAAGAUGAGGUCCAAAAGAAUAUUCUUAAUUUUUUGAGGAGCAAGGGUUAUGAUGACGCUUUUACCUAUGGAGGUGGUUCAUCUUCAAGCUAAAUCACUUAUUGAUAUCUUAUUGGUGGCUUUAGGGGAUUUCCUUUAGGCAUUAUUUGAAGAUAUAUGAGGACAUCUUCCGUUGGUUUUAAUUAUAUUAUGC